GCAGCUGGGAGAGAAGAGGACAGGCAGGCUGCGUAGAGAGGAGAAGGACAGUUUCUCUUCCACAUCCAUGGAGGAUCUGACCGCAGCAGGGCUCAGGAGUCAUGGCUAAAGACCAGGAAGUGGAGCGGAUCGCGAAAAAGCUGGAUAAAAUGGUGCAGAAGAAGAACACGGACGGAGCUCUGGACCUGCUGAGGGAACUGAAGAACAUCAAGAUGUCUCUGGAGACCCUGCAGUUGACCAGAGUUGGGAUGUCGGUGAACGCGGUGAGGAAGCAGAGCUCAGAUGAAGAGGUCCAGACUCUGGCCAAAACCCUUAUCAAGUCCUGGAAGAAGCUGCUGGAUGGUUCAGAGGAGAAGGAGAAGAAGAAGGAAGGCUCUCCUGUUAGGUCCUCAUCCACCUCCAAGGACUCUGGCAGCAGUGAGAAAAGUAGUAAGAAGUCUGGAGGGUCCCCGACCACCCCGACACCACCAACCACACCCACCACUCCCACCCUCCCCCCUCGGGUCACCUCCUUCCCCCCGGCUCCCGUCACCACUGACAGCGUGAGGAACAAAUGCAGAGAGCUGCUGGUGGCGGCGCUGCAGACUGAUGAUGACCAUCAGACCAUUGGAGUGGACUGUGAGCACCUGGCCGCUCAGAUUGAAGAGGAGAUCUACCAGGAGUUCAAGUCGACAGAUAUGAAAUAUAAAAACCGUCUACGAAGCCGAAUCUCCAACCUGAAGGACCAGAAGAAUCCCGACCUACGGCGAAACGUCCUCUGUGGAAACAUCUCGGCUAAACGCAUCGCCUGCAUGACUGCUGAGGAGAUGGCGAGUGCUGAGCUGAAGCAGAUCAGAGAGGCUCUGACCAAAGAGUCCAUCAGAGAACAUCAGCUGUCUAAGGUGGGCGGGACUGAGACCGACAUGUUCAUCUGCAACAAGUGCCACGGAAAGAGCUGCACCUACACGCAGGUGCAGACCCGCAGUGCUGAUGAGCCCAUGACCACCUUUGUGUUGUGUAACAGCUGUGGCAACAGAUGGAAGUUCUGCUGAAGAAGACGGGCGUGUAAAUAUUCCUAAUAACACUGACUCAAAUGUGGAUUUAAAAAAGAUGAGUUUCAUUUUUCUUUUUUUAUUUUGUAUCAUUUCUUUUUUUAUAUAUAAAGUACCAAGAUGUAAUAUAUUAGAGAAGAAAAUACCAUGUUGUCUAUUGGUUUGUUUUCUAUGGAGCACUUAAGAGUUUAUUUCUUCUGCUAGAUGACGCUUAAUGCUGGAUUAAACUCACACUAAGGCCUUGCUGAAACAGUAGAUGUGCCUUUCUUUGCCAUGUUGUGCUGCCACAUAAUUUUCCCUAUUAAAGUUUCUUGAUUAAGAACUCGUCA